AUGAAGCACAAUUUUAUUGAUGGCACAAUUCUACAAUUCUAUGAUGAUAUGCAAAGCCGCGUCAUUUGCACUGUGUGCCCCAAGAAGUCCGGUGUCUAUCAUGCCAUGGAGCUCCGUUUUGCUCAGAAGCAUGCCCAAUCGGACAUGCACACAUGUCAUGCCAACAAUCUGAGGAACCGCCAGACAUCAAAUCCUCAUUGCAUUGUUGAAGCCAAGCAUUGGACUGGGAAUAAUCCCAAACACAAUGUCUCUGAGUCUGGUGUGAAUGUGGAGCUCGAAUCAUUUGGACUUGAUUUUAUGGAUGGCGACAAUUGCCCAAUGGAGACAGACUCACACAGUGCACCCAUGCUUGACUCGGAGAUCUCAUUGUCCGAGUACUCGAGGGAUAUUGUCAGAAAAAAACUCGCCUCUGGAGACAUUCCCUUCUCCAUGCCACUUGCCCCCAUCGACAAGGAGCAUGAGUUAUGUGAUUACGGCACACCCGACUUUGGGAUAGAUAUUUUCGAUUAUGACCCUCCAGCGACACGACAUGCUCUCAAAAAUGUCUCUCCUGAUAUUUCAACCUACCCUUGGCCUUUGAAGGCAGUGUGUACUCGUCGUGUCAGUCAUAAACUGAAUAUUUAUGGCCUUCUUAAGGAUUUUGUGACAGCGCUUUUAUUCAGCUCACCGCGCCUUCCCUUUUCAGACACCCAGAAGAAAGCAGUACUAAACUGGGCAAAGGAGCUUGGCGCUCAAAAUGUGCCUUCGUUGGAUGCGACUGUUAAGACCAUGCUCAGGGGUAAGGCUGAGUCUGAGGGGCUUGGCUUCAGCUUGUGCACUGCGCCCCUUACCCGAGACAUCGGAAUGGGGGCCCUCUGA